AAUAUGUCUGUCCGUCAUUUGCUUCGCUAAAAAAGGUAUAGAAGUGGAAAUGUUGGCAAAUUAGUGACGAUAAAUACGUGUUAUCUUUUUGUUUUGUACAUUUUCGCUUCGCUUUGUGAAAAUUCGCGUUAAUCAAAUUGCUGAUGGUCACAAAUGUGGCAAUUCGGUCUUAAGUAAACCGCGAACAUUGGACAAUGGACAAUAGAUACUGAUUUUAAAGUUUCAGAUUAUUAUGGCAUCUGGGACAUCAUCACUUGAGAGUAAUGGCAGCAAUGAGUCAAUAUCCCACAAUUACGUAAGCAACGAGCGCCACAACACUCCACAGAUACCAACGAUCCCGAUCCCGAUAGAGUAUGACCACUUGACCACGAACCAAUGCUACGACAAGUCCAACUACAAGAGCCACUCUGGGCACGGCAUGAGCGGCCCUUACGAGACGCUGCAGUACGACGUGAUCAACAAACAGACCAAUGAGAGUCUCAAGCAGCAAUGCGAGAAGGCGAUGCAUGAGUUGAACCAGUUGAGACGUCAGCAUUCCGAGACUAGCCGACGAUGUGACCAUGUUAUGAAGGAGUUGGAGUAUUUCCGCGGCCAGCACCGCGCGGCCAUGAGUCAGUUGGAGGUGUCGGCGGCCGAGGCCAGCACGCUGCGCAACAAGUAUGGAGACCUGCUCAACGACAACCAGCGGCUGGAGCGCGAGGUACAACAUCUUCAGCAGAGUAGCACGGGCGACGGUAAUUCUGACGCGCUCGUACACACACUACGCAAAUAUGAGGCGCUUAAGGAAGAGUUCGAGUGUUACCAAAAGAGGUACGAAGAUUUGAUAGAAAACCACAAUGCUACCCAGGAGAAACUCAGGAUUGUCCAGGAGGAGAACAGCAGACUCAAAACUCAAUGCCAUGAGUUGACUCAGGAGAGGAAUGUCGUGAUUCGCGAACGCAACGCCCUAAAGCAGCAGGUGGCGAGCGUGGUACGUCAGUGGGAGGGUGGCGCGAGGCACAGCGCCGACAUCAAGCGGCUGACGGACGAACGGAACGCCGCCAUGGCCGAGUACACGCUCAUCAUGAGCGAGAGAUUGUUUUACAGAGAUACGGUACAUAAGGAGAUGGAAAAGCUCUCGGAUGAUCUGCAAGCGGCGUUGAAGCGUGUAGCCGCGCUCGAGUCCGCGCUGCAGGCGUCGCGGGAGGAGCAACGGGCGACUGCCUUGCAGGCUGAGAGUCUUCGCCGCGAGAUCGAGUCUGCCCUCGUGGACAGAGACCGCGCUAUCAAGGAGUGCACCGACCUCAAGACUCCGCAGAACACUUCCACACUCGGAAAAUCCAGGCAAGACAACUCAGCGUAUCAUCACUUGGGUCUGGCGAGCGGCGUGGGCAACGAUGGCUUUUUAAACGGCCAAUCCAACGACCCGUCUCUGGAUAAAUUGCAAGGUAUGUCAGCAGACGGGUCAGACAAGGAGCGCGUGGACAACUUGGAGCAAGCCAACCAGGAGCUGACCAGACUGCGCAAGCUGCUGGACCGCCUGCAGCAGGACCUGGCUGACGCUACCAGGGAGGCAGAGGUUUCUAAAAGAAGAAGAGACUGGGCAUUCUCCGAACGCGACAAGCUUCUACAAGAGCGGGAAAGUGUGAAGGCGCUCUGCAAUAGAUUGAGAAAGGAGCGGGACCAGAUGGUGGGCGAGCUAGCAGAGGCUCGUCGUCACGGCGGCAAGAAGGACGGCAAGGAACACAAGAACCGGCCGCGGGCGCCUCCGCCCCGCCCCCGGCAUACCGUCGACAUAGACCUGCAGGACUUUGAAUGGGACGUGAUCGACGUGGAGCUAUCAGGCCUGGGUCCUGACGGCGACCUCGGCUUCGAGCUGUCGGGUGGCCGCGACGAACCGCACUACCCCAACGACUGCAGCAUAUACGUCACUAACGUUAAGAAGGGCUCCGUCGCCGAGGGGAAGAUCAAAGUGCUGGACCGCGUGACGGAGGCGGUGGGCGUGUCGGUGUGGGCGUCGGGCGCGGCGGCGGGCGCGGCGCUGCGCGCGGCGCUGCAGCACGGCGCCGCGGCGCUGCGCCUGCAGCGCGCCCGCGCCGCGCGCCGCACGCUGCGGCUGCCCGACGCACGCGGCAUCGCCCUGCAACACGGUAUUUUCAUCAGUAAAAUAGCGUGCGGCAGCGUCGCGUCUAAAGAGGCCAAUAUUUAUGUCGGCGAUCGAGUUGUUAGUAUAAACAACAGAUCAUUGGAAGGCAUAAAGAGCGUAUCCGAAGCGAUGAUGUUGCUGAAUGAAUGCCAGUAUGACUCUGUGGCUAUCACCGUGCUGCGGCCUCUCUACCCCUGCUGUGAUACAAGAGACAGGUUGUCGUUGUAUGAGCAUGCGUAUAACGAUGGCAAGAUGGUGAAUAUUUGCUCGCAGACUGAGGAGUCUUACUGCCAGUUUGUUCCUCCGCCCUCUGACUCCAAGGUCCACAUAGAUCAUGGCGUGUCAGAUUUUGAUAGGAGAUACAUUUACCAUGUCAGCGCGGGGAGUCAGGGGAAGAUUCAUCAAGAGAGAGGUACUUGGGACAUGAUUCGCGGGAAGAUUGAGGCUGUCACAGGACGGAGCAAGUCCAAAGAUAAACAGAAUAAGGUGCCCGAAUCUGAUGCUAUCGCGGAGUUGGAUUCUGUAAUCGACAGCUAUCACGGCAAAACAAUUAAAGAAACCAGCAGCGUACUAAAACGUUCGCGGAGAAAGAACAAAGAGUCUCAAAACGACUCCAAAAAUGGCGGGACGUGGCCCAAAGCGAGGGCAAAUUUUAUCCUAGAAGAAAAUUCCACUGGCACCAUCGUUCAACCUAGAUCGAGGAAAGAGAGACCUCCUUUGUCCAUACUGCUGAGUCCACCGACAAAAUUACCCCCAGAACCGCAAAGGUCGAAUACCAACAGAAACUCAAACCCAAUACCUUUAGGUCAUGCGCCGCUCACGCAAGUUACCGCACCAGCGCGGCAUUCCGUCUACAAGUCAAUAGAAUCGUCACCAGCGAUUGAACAUUUUCCCAAACCAGCGCCUCUCGCUAUACAUAAUCCUUUCGCAUCGCCAAACAAUUUCGACAAGAUCAGGACACUAGAAAAAGACAAAAUGUCCAUCAGUGACUACUCUGAUCACGACAUAACCCCAAACAGACUGAGUUUAGUCCUGAAUCCUUCAGACGACUCGUUAGACUAUCAACCCGUGACACGAAACAGAACCAAGAGUCCACAUUCACUGGAUUUCAUGGUCAAUAAAGGGCCCAGUUCACUGGACUUCGUCACCCGAAAAUCGCCUAGUUCUCUAGAUCAUUCUAUGAAGAACCAUCCGGGGAAAGACAUAUUGGAGCAAUAUUAUCAAACGAAGAAAUCUUCGUCACCGAAAACGGUGAACAAAUACCCUUCGGACAGCGACAGUUUUGGGCCUGACAGUCUGAAUAGCAAUGCAAAUUUCCCCAUGACAGGUACCUUGCCAUCGCAGUUAAGGUCACAGUCUCAGUAUUACAGAGGCCCCUUUGUCAAUUCGAACCCGCAUUCCUCAAGAUACCCUCACUUAGCAAGCCCAACAAACAUACCACAGAGUCAGUCUGGUGAGAGUAUAGGGACGAGCUAUGAAAUGCAUUCGUUCACGUCGCAUACACACAACAUGUCUGAUCUCCAACCCGUGCCGCGGGCAAACAGAGCAGAAUACCACCACACAUACGAAGGUGGUACGUUUCCUCGAAAGAAAGAGAACCAGCGAUUUCGAAUCCCGUCCAACCCUAGUGUAACUUCGAAGAAUUCUGCUGGGAAACUGAGCACCGGGUCCAUUGAGAGGAGUUCUGAGAGAAAUUCUCCAAUGCCGACAUUUCAUGUCGAAGUUUUGAGCCCCGGUCGUGGCGCGAAACAAAUACACAAAGGAACAAGAAACUCCAUGCCUGAAUACUGUGGCUUAGGCUGGAACAAACCUUUACCUGGGGAGUUGAGAAGAGUGCAUAUUGAUAAGAGUCAACAGCCUCUUGGAAUCCAAAUUUACUGUCCACCGAGCAGCGGAGGUGUAUUUGUGUCUACAGUCUAUGAGAACUCCUUAGCAAGUCAAGUGGGUUUACAAAUCGGUGAUCAGUUACUCGAAGUCUGCGGUAUCAACAUGAGAUCCGCGACUUACACGUUAGCCGCUAGCGUCCUGCGACAAAUCGGCAACUCUAUAACAAUGCUAGUACAAUACAGCCCUGAGAAAUACAAAGACGAGGUGGAAGUUCCAGGUAGCUCAUCUUCUGGAGAAAGUUCUCAUGAUGAAGAGGUUUCGUUAUCUGGUUCUCCGACGCCGAGAAAUUCUCCGGGACCGCAGCAGUCUUUGAGAAUGGAGGCGCCUUCGAGUGAGCAGACAAUGAACGCGACUUUAAGUAGACAGUCUCAGACGAACAAAGACUUGCCUAGGUUUCUUCUGAUCGAGAUGAGAAACUGUUCGGAUUUGGGUAUCAGUUUGGUGGGUGGGAACGCAGUGGGAAUUUACGUGCAUAGUGUGCAGAUAGACUCUCCGGCGUAUAUCGCUGGGUUACGGACUGGCGAUCAGAUAUUAGAGUACAAUAAUGUUGAUUUGAGACGCGCUACCGCGGAACAAGCUGCGUUGGAGUUGGCCAAACCUGCCGAUAAAGUGAGCGUCUUAGUGCGACACGAUCUAUCACAGUACCACGAAAUAAAAGACAAACCAGGCGAUGCGUUUUUCAUCCGAGCCGGCUUCGACCGUUGCGCCAAAAUAACCUCAAUUGGCAUGGAUCCUGUAGACGAGUAUUCUCUAUGGUUCAGAAAGGAUGAGGUUCUAUUUGUGGACAAUACGCUGUUCAAUGGUGCUCCGGGGUUAUGGCGCGCGUGGCAACUAGACUGCAAAGGCGUCAAGAGACAUUGGGGGACGAUUCCUAGUAAAUUCAAAGUCGAAGAAGUCCUGAGAAGAUCGAUGGGUACGUUAGAGAGCGAGGCGCAGCGUCGAGCGUCGACCACGGCGCGACGGUCGUUCUUCCGUCGUAAGAAACAUCGCGAUAGCAAGGAGUUGGCUUCCUUCAGCAAUACGGAACUGGGUUGCUGGAGUGAUUCUGGCACUUUAGCUGACGAUGUCCCCGUGCUGAGCUACCAGAAAGUCGAGAGGCUACACUACGGUAACCAUCGACCAGUGGUAGUUCUCGGACCUCUAUGGGAGUGCGUGGCAGCCAAGCUAGUGUCUGACUGGCCGUACGUGUUCGGGCGGGUGAGGACCGAGACGGUUGCAGUGAGCGGCGCGGCGCCCGCGUUGGAACGAGGCACGCACUUAGAACCCCGCCCCAGAAGGGACUCCACGCAUCUGGAUUGUAUACCUUUGCAGGCUAUUCGGGAAAUGUCGGAGAAGGGCAUUCAUUGCAUUCUCGACAUCAGCGUCGCCACAAUCGAGAAGCUCCACAAACAACAGAUCUACCCAAUAGUGCUAUUUAUAAAGUUCAAAUCAUUCAAGCAGAUCAAAGAAGUAAAGGAUACUAGAUAUCCCGCUGAUAAAGUAUCUGCUAAGGCCGCCAAGGAGAUGUACGAACAUGGACUGAAAGUUGAAAAUGAAUAUAGGAAUUAUAUUUCAGCGGAGAUCCCAGCGGGUGUGAACAUAGCGUACAUGUGCACACAGAUCAAAGAGGCGGUGGAAGAGGAGCAGAACAAGACGCUAUGGGUGCCCUCGGUGCAAGCCUGACCCCUGCCCCCCACCCCGCCG